GAAUAGUCUGGUGGUGACAGUCACAAUCGACCAGCCGCCUCCGAGUUGCUACCAUGGCUGAGAGCAGAGUCACCGUUUCGGAUUUGAAAGAGCAGCUCACUCCGAGCAUAGAGCGGACGGCGAGAGUGACCUCGCGGAGUGUCACGAGCAAACUGUCUGCGGAACUCCGCGCUUCUGGAAUACUCGAAGAUGGGUACCGAGGCACGAGGGGGUUUGAAGAGAGGCUCUCUCAAAUAGUUGAGGAGGCGGUGAUGGUUGCUGUGGAAAUCGUCCUGUGUGAGUUUGAAACCGUCGUGGACAGGAGUCUUAAGGAACUUCAAACCACGGUGGCCGAAUAUCAUAAGGAGAUCGAACGGCUAAGGCAGAAGACGGAGGCGCACCGUGGCCCUAAGAAAUCCAUGCGAGGUCACACGAGCUGCGGAGAUUCAAGACCUGGGGCGAUGGGCACAGCUGGCGGAUCGAUCGGUCAAGAUUCGUCUUCAAAAAAAGAAUUAAACCCAAAGGAGUCAGCGGUGGUAGAAAAAGGCAGGUGUUUGGUAGUUGCGUUACCCCGUCUAGAGACAUUGAUCAGCCGGCAAGAGGAGAGCAGCGGCAGCCCAGGGGAAAUUCAUAGCGAAAAAUUAAAAGCUGAUGUAAGCAAGUGCCAUCUAAAGAUGGAAGACUGUGUAAGUAUCCAUGUGCCUUUUCUCACAGAUGUUUAUGGUAGUGAACAGAAUUUUUUUCAACAGACCUCCUGUCAAAAUAACUCCUCUUAUACCGUCCAUCGUGACAGUGAUAAACUGGAACAGACUUUUGUAUCUGAGACAAGUAAGCCCACCACAAAAGAUGUGAUUCAGAUAAAAAUGAAUCUCUCUGAAGAGGCACCUGUUAGCGUAACUGAAGAGCUACUUGAUCAAAGCUGUGUUGACGGGGAUCUCAGUCAGACAUGCAAUGGUGACAUAAACCUUGAAGACCACUGUGGUAACAUCAGAGGUUCAAAGAAAAUGCAGUCAAAAAAGUUGAAGAAUAAUGAGAAACAAAGAAAAAAAGCAAAUCCACACACCUUUGAAUAUACAAAGAGCAAGUGCAAAUCAACAAAGUCGGAAGUUUCCCAGAAAAUGAACACCAGGAUUAAGCACUAUAGCUGUAAAGAUUGUGGAAAAAGCUUCAAGCAAUUGGACCAUCUAAAAAUCCACCAAACUAUCCACAUCACAGAGAAGCCGUACAACUGUAGAGACUGUGGGAAGAGAUAUACUCGGUCAGAUAGUUUAAAUAGGCAGCAGAAAAUUCACACACGGGCAAAGGAGUACUGCUAUACUCAGUGAAGAAAAAGUAUUGUUUUAUUCCUGACAGUUGCAAGUCCAUGAGAGAACUCCCACUGGUUUUAAAAAAUAAAAAAACAAACUGUAUGGACUUCUAGAAAUGCUUUGAUAAAGCUGGAAUGUUAAGAAUAUGGCAGCAGACUGAUGCAGGGGAGAAGACAUACUGCUGAGAUACAAUUGACGUUCCAUUCCAAACUUGUAUCAAAUGUUAGCCACUAUGUGCUUUACAAUUUUUAGAUAUUUCUAUAUUGCAGCAUUAUAUAUCUUUCACUUUUUCUUAUAUCUUUAAAUGUAAUUAAAUGUUAUUGUUAAAAUAUCCUAGAUCUGAUAAAUUGGUGAAAAUUGGCACAUGACUUUGUAAAAUGAAACACAUCCAUAUGGAGUGAAAGUGGAGCGUGAGCUCUCAGAAAAGGAGAGCAUGAGUCUUAGUUCAGGAUAUCCUCUAUGGCUGUAGUAGUUUCCUAAUGUAAGGAUAGCAUUCGUCCAUUUUCUAGCCCACCUAAUACAGUUCAGGUUCAUAGGUAGAACUAGCCCUGUAUAAGGGCCAGUCUGCCACAGGGCACAGUUACACAUAUGGCCAUACUCACUGACCUCUGGAAUGUGUGGAUUGAUAGUCCUCAGAAACUGGGAAUAUAGAUAGUCGUAUUUGUUUAUUUUUCUGUCACUCUUCACUGAAUGCUAUGACAAGUUCUCGGGUAAAAUGCAAAAACAAAAUGUACAAAUUAACGACUACAUAAUGAGUAUGCAUAUUGACACAGAUUUAUUGAAACAGACAGGAAAACAAAAUAGUUAGAAACUGAUUAACACAGGUAAAGACCAGCAAAUCUGUCUAUUAAUUAAGUGUUGAUCUAU